AUGGAGCUGAACCAUGUUGAUGCAAUUCUAGCCCAAAACAAGGUGUUUGCCAAGCAACUAGCAGAGCUUACCAGGAAAUUAGACACAAAGCAAGUGGCUGCAAUACACACACAAGAUCAAGAGGAAAUAAGCACUGAAGGAGGUGAUUGGGAAGAGGCCAACUAUGUGGGAAACCAACAAAGGCAACCAUAUGAUCCACAUUCCAACACUUAUAACCAAGGUUGGAAAAAUCACCCAAACUUUGGGUGGGGGAACCAACAAACCCAACCACAAAACCACAAACCUUACAACCACAACCAACAUAACAAUUCCACAUACCAAAACUCUAACCAAAGAUCAUACCAAACCACACAAAACACUUACUCCCAACCACCAUAUCAUGGCCAAAAUAACCAACCUGCCCAAUCCAAUCCGAACCAACAAUUUCAAGAUCAAUUAAACAGGAUAGAAGGAAGGCUGGCAAACAUGGGUCAGGACAUAAGUGAAUUGAAAAGCUUUAGAGAUGAUGUUAGAUCUACUUUAAGGAACCAUAGUGAAAAACUCAAGAGGAUGGAGUGUCAAAUAGGAGAGCUAUCUCAACAGGCCCCCAAGUCAACUGCAGUGUUCCCUAGUGACACAAAGAAGAAUCCUAAAGGGGAACAAAAGGGAGUGAGAUGGGAAGAAUGCAAGGUUAUCACCAUGUUGAAGGAAGAAUCAGAAGAAGAAGGAAUCAGACCCUCAGAACAGGAGCCAGAAAUCUUGAAGGAAGGUGUGGAAGAAGCUAAGCAGGAAAGUGAAAAUGAACAAGCCAAGGAACUGCAAAAUAAAGGCAUGCUGGAAACAUACCAACCAAAAGCACCAUUUCCUCAGAGGUUAGGAGGAGGUGAAAAAGGGAAAACAUAUUCAAGGUUCUUAGAGACAUUUAAGUCUCUCCAUAUCAAUAUUCCCUUUCUUGAGAUCCUCCAGCAGAUGCCUACACAUAUCAAGUACUUGAAGGAAUUGUUGAGCAAGAAAAGAGUUUUGAAGGGAGGACAAACUGUAAUAAUGAACAAGGAAUGCAGUGCACUCAUCAAGAAGGAUAUGGUCUCUAAGAAAACAGACCCAGGAAGUUUUUAUAUCCCCUGCAUAAUAGGGGAAACUAAAAUUGACAGAGGAUUCUGUGAUCUAGGAGCUAGCAUAAAUGUGAUGCCUCUGACUCUUAUGAAGAGGCUACACUUGAAUGAGGUGAGAUCCACUGAUGUAAUCAUACAACUGGCUGACAAAACUCAAAAGCAAGCUAAAGGGGUAGUUGAGAAUGUGCUGGUGAAAGUGGGAAAUUAUUUCUUCCCCACAGACUUUGUCAUUUUGGACAUGGAGGAAAGCUACCUACACCCUAUCAUUCUGGGAAGGCCAUUUCUAGCCACUGCUAGAGCGCUCAUAGACAUAGAACAAGGAGAGCUAAUUCUGAGAGUACAUGAUGAACAACUCAUUUUCCAUGUUUUCAAACCGGCAUAUGAGCCUGAACCAGAACCUGAAAAGCCUAAGGAUGAUAGUAGCCAUCUGUGUUUGGAGGAAAGCGAUCCAACAGCUGAAACUCUAAAACAAUCUUUGGAAGACAAACAAGAAUUACAAGAGUUAAAGCCACAAGAAUCAAUAGAAACAGAUCAGAAGGAUCCUCCUGGCAUAAGGGUCAAUGAAGAAAGCCUCAAGCGAGAGGGAAGAGUUGUAAAGAAAUUGCCAAGAGGGUGGAGAAACAAGAAAAUUCCCACUGAAGGCUUCUCUCCGGGAGAUAAAGUGAUAUCAAGUCAUUAUCUGCCAAUCCCACCUGGACUUAAAACCAUCCCUUCCCAGCUCCCUCAAGUGUUCACAAUCAGGAAAGUUCUUUCUAUGGAACAUGUGGAAGUCAUGAAGGAAUCAAAUGGGGACGUUUUCAUAGUGAGAGGAGAAGACAUCAAGCACUACAAUCCACCCUAA